GCGGGACGGGGCUUGGGGACCUGGCUGGAGAUGGAGUUCGACUGCGAAGCUCUGAGAGGGCUGCUCGGCAAGUACAAAUUCAGAGAUUUAACUGUGGAAGAAUUGAAGAAUGUAAAUACAUUUUUCCCACAUUUUAGAUAUUCCAUGGAUACCUAUGUUUUUAAAGAUAGUUCCCAGAAAGACCUGCUGAAUUUUACUGGCACUAUUCCUGUGAUGUAUCAGGGUAAUACAUAUAACAUACCAGUUCGCUUCUGGAUUUUGGAUUCUCACCCUUUUGCACCCCCAAUUUGUUUCCUGAGGCCAACUGCAAAUAUGGGAAUCUCAGUUGGAAAACAUGUGGAUGCCCAAGGCCGAAUCUAUUUGCCCUAUCUUCAGAACUGGAGCCAUCCUAAAUCUGUCAUCGUUGGACUAAUUAAAGAGAUGAUUGCCAAGUUUCAAGAGGAACUUCCCUUAUAUUCUCUGCCAUCAUCUGAUGAGGCUCGGCAGGCGGAGUUGCUAGCCUAUAUUACAAAAAUAACUGAAGGUGUCUCAGAUAUUAAUUCAAGGAGUUGGACAAACCAAGAGAAUAAAGCAGUCAAUAAAAUCACUGUGGUUGGAAGUGGAGAUCUGGGUGUUGCCUGCAUAUUAGCAAUUUCAGCCAAGGGCAUUGCAGACAGGCUCGUCCUCUUAGACCCCUCAGAAGGAACCAAAGGAGGGACAAUGGACCUUGACAUCUUCAACCUACCUAAUGUGGAGAUUACCAAAGAUCUGUCUGCCUCUGCUCAUUCCAAGGUGGUGAUCCUCACAGUCAACUCCUUGGGUAAUGCCCAGUCCUACCUCGACGUGGUGCAGAGCAAUGUGGACAUGUUCAGAGCUCUCGUGCCAGCUCUUGGUCAUUACAGUCAGCACAGCGUCCUGCUCGUUGCGUCUCAGCCAGUGGAAAUCAUGGCCUAUGUGGCAUGGAAGCUGAGUGCAUUUCCUGCAAACCGGGUGAUUGGAAUUGGAUGCAAUUUGGAUUCACAGAGAUUACAAUAUAUUAUUACAAAUGUUUUGCAAGCACAGACUUCGGGCAAAGAAGUAUGGGUUAUUGGUGAGCAGGGAGAAAACAAAGUGCCCAUGUGGAGUGGCCAAGCAGCAGUGAGUCCUAACUCUCAGGUGCAACUGUGCAACAGAGCCAUGGAACUGUUAAGGGCAAAAGGUCAAAGAUCUUGGUCUGUGGGACUGUCAGUGGCUGACCUGGUUGACAGUAUUGUAAAUGAUAAAAAGAAAGUGCAUUCUGUAUCAAUUCUAGCAAAGGGAUAUUAUAAUAUAAAUAAUGAAGUGUUUUUAAGUUUGCCUUGCAUCCUUGGAACCAGUGGAGCAUGUGAAGUCAUUAAAAGCACCAUGACAGAAGACACAGUGACUGAAAAACUCAAGAGCAGUGUGUCUUCAAUCCACGAUCUCCAACAACAGCUAAAAUUCUGACUCUCAAGUGUAAUUAUCUCUAAAGAAGGAUCAUGUAAUUUUGCCAACAUGGUUGACAAUGGGGUUGAAAACAUCCGUAUCUUACUACUUACUGGUACAAACUGCUUGGUUAAGAUAGAUGGUUUCUUGAAUAACUGUAAUUUGGAUCCUUAAGGAGUCAAUGAGGAGGGAUUUUCUAAUUUUUGUCAUGGGUCUUGAGAUAAUCUUCUACUCUUAAACCUACAGCAGAAGUGAACAUUCAUUUGCAAUGUGUGUUGUUUUCAAUUGUAGCCUAAACUCAAAGCACAUCUAAUUUACUUUGGAAGUAUUUUGAAAGUAAUACUUUUUUAAAAAGAUUAUUCUUUGGCAUUUAUAAUAAACAUUAAUAGAUGUGUAAGUUACACAUUCAAAAGACACACAGCUCAAGGUAGUAGUGUUUCCUUUGCAACUUACUGCUGCUGGUAAUGAUAAAGCAUCUUCUUUGAAUGUAUUAGCUAUCAAAUACCGGGAAAGAAUUUUACAUGCACUUUAAAAUAGUGAAAGGGAAAACAAACACUUUUAAUAUAUGAAUAACAUAGAACUUAUGUUAUAUAUGUAUAACAUUUAACCUCUUCCUGGACUAUAUAAGCUCUCCAAUAUCUCGUAAACUCAUUAUGGUAUUGGUAGAGCCAAAUAGAGAUGUGUGAUUUUUAAUGAAAAUAAAUUAUGAAUGAAAGACAAUCUACUUUAAAUAUAGAAUAUAAUCCAUAAAAACCACUGCGUUUAAGAGAGUGGUUGGGUAGUCUAAUGGUUCUGAGAGACUCCUUUAAAAACAAUAAAUACGAUUCAUUGUAUGUAAGCUUUGGUGAUGGGUCAGUAGCAAUAUCUUUAUAUGUGAAGGGUAGCAUGUUAUUACUAUUGUGUCACACAACUCUAGUUACAACUGACUCUAACAGCUGACAUCAAUACUUCCUGUAUGCCAUGCAGUAUGAUGAGCACUUUAUCAGAUACUUAAUAAUCCACUGAGGUGAAGAAUGUUAUUAUCAUUUUACAGAAGAAACAGGCUUGGUGAGUGCCCAAAAUCUCCUGGCAACUGAGGGUACUUUCCAUACAACUUCUACUUUUUCUAGAUGCCAAAAAGGGGAAAAGAAAGGCCUAACCAUCAAAAUGGUUCUCACAAGACCCUAAAGCUGGGAUUGUGUAAAUUAAAGAAGUAGUAUUUCCAUUCUCAUGUAGUUUACCUUAAAAUUUGUUUUUAUUUUAGAAACAUUAUUUUCCUGGCUUCCCAGACCUGUCCUCAGCAAAUAGCAGAAGGUUGUAUUUCCUGAGUCGGUGUUUAUUUAAUCAUCCAGUUAGUUCCAGAAGCCUGCUAUUAUUACCAGGCACUGAUGGGAAACAUGCCUGGGCUAUGAGCAAGCCCUCAUGGUCCUUACAAUCAAGUAUAGGAAGCAUAGUAAUCCAAUCUCACAAAUAGAUACACAAUUGCAAAUUAGUGAGAACUGUGCAAAAGUUCAAGGUUUUGGAUUUUUCAGACAAUUUAUUUAUUGAUUUGAAAGGGAGAAUGCAGAGACAGUCAAGAAAUCUUCCUUCUUCUAGGUCAGUCCCUUAAUGCCAGGGCUGGGGCAGGCUGAAGCCAGUAGCCAUGAAUUCUGUCUGGUACUCAAGUUCCUGACCCUCAAACACUCCACCCUGGCACAUCAGCAGUAAUGGAUUGAUGGUACGCAGUAGCCUGGACUCAGUCAGUACUCUGAUACGGGUUAACGCAUGUCCUGAGAUGGCUUCACCCACUGUGCCACAGGUUCACAUGACUCCAAGGUGUUUGAGAAAGCAUAUAUCAGGUGAGUCCAAAGCUCACCAACCAAAUAGGAACCAGAUGAUUUAUAAAGGUAGACAUGUCAUAGGGAGAGAAUAUUCCAUCUAAUGCUGACCUAGUACAAUAACGAAUACAUACAGUGAUGAACUUCAGACAUAGGAGUGAAAUUCAGUAUCCCAAGUUU